AUGUUUGGUGUGGUAUUUAUAAUUGUAAUGAUUGCGCUGCUGUUCAUCCAGAUCUGGUUUCUGGAUAUCAUUUAUCGUUUCAACGAAUUCCUCAAAGAUCGCGAAAACACAUUCUCGUUAAAUUUGGACUCUGUGCUACAAGACUACGAUGGUAUUUUCAGUGAUUUCAGUCUAACACCUGGCUACACAAAACAAAACGAAUAA